UCAAGACUUUACAUAUAGUUACUACCAUUUAAUAACAAAGAACUACGGGCAAUAUUUUCAAGAAAAGGAAGCAUAAUCCUAAUCAUCCUAUACAAAAUUCUUUAAUAGCACUAUUACCACACUAUAAAGUGCUGCAUUCAUCUUUUGGACCAAGGAGAAAAUGAGUCCUAGACUGCGUACCUCAAAAAUAACCAAAAUACAGCAAUCAAAAACUCUAGAUGAAGGUGCUAGGCCAAGGCACACCGGUAUUGCCUCUUCUCAGAAAAAACACGAUACAAUUUCACAGCCCAGCAGCCUUUUGAAUCACAGAGACUCAAAUAAUGCUUCACAAACUAACCCAAGGAAAGCCUCAGUAUCUUCCCAAAAACCGAAUGUCCAGAAAAGGCAACAGAUAUUGCUCCGCCGAAGGCUGGUGGAUUCCUUGGACACCCAGGAAAAUAACAGUAAAGAAAGAUUGUUUGAUCAAACUGCCAAAGAGAAGCUAUCUCUGUUGUCUGGUCUCACGGGUACAACUAUAAGCAGGAAUCAAGUUGGAGAACCAGAAAGUAUGAAAAUCAGUCAGAAUCAAACUGGAAGUAGGGGAAUCACAUAUGCACGUGAACGAUCAUUUCUUUCAACUAUCAAAACCACUUCUAAGAAUGACCACUCGAUGGAAUUUGGAUGCCAUCCUAGCUCCGAUCCUCAUACAAGCCCAUCAUCUCCUGUUUCGACGUCUCUUGUUGACCAGUCAAGCAAUGGCAGAGGGCCUGUUCAAAGCAUCCAUGAAUUAAGACAGGCUGGGGUGGAUGCCAGACUUCGAGGCACUUUCGAGUCAGUUUUUGAAGACAUUGAGCACGCUGAAAAGUCAAAUACUAUACGGCGCAGCGGCUUUAUACUAUUGUGUCAGAAACUUCAGGAUGAGAAGUAUAUACAUGGCUUCAUCAAUGGUGGCUUCGAGCAUCGACUACUACUGUCUCUCGACCGUGAAUUGGAUAUUGUCUCUGCAAUCCUAGGAUUGUGUUGCUAUGAAUUGAUCCAGUCUCGGAGUCAUUCGGCCUUGAUCCCUUCUAUUUCUUCUUGGCCAAAGAUUCUGAAUCUCACUUUUGUGCUACUUGGAGCGGGGGAUGACAUUUCUCGCUCGGUGACAGACUCUUGCUUGGGUCUUUCGAGGGGAUUGAAGAGAGAAUUACAAGACGUAAUCUCGCGCAUGCGCCCAGUCUUUGGAGAACAGUUUCUAUUUAUGUCCCCGCGCCUGGCAGCACUUUGGUCUCUCCGAUCAACUCUUAAAGCACUACACUCAACAAAGGCCAAAAUCCCUUCUAUGGACCCUCCUUUUCUACACGCCCUUACUAUACUGCUUAAUCUCUUAGCAGGUGAAGCCUCUCAAGAAACACCUCAUUUACUGGAUCUACUAUUUCAGAUCUUUGAAAUUUAUGUGGCGAUUCCGGGGUCGUUGACCGAAGACCUUCAAAGUGCAGUUGAAUUACUUCCGACAUUCUACAACCUUCUGGAUCCCAGUGAGAACGAGAAUUCUCGCUCUAAACAAUGCCAGGUGUCUUAUAUUCGACUGAUCCUCAAUGUGACUAAUAACAGCCCAUCUUUCAGUAAACAUUUCGCAACUUUGGAGAUAGUUGGAGGCUUAGUGAGACUAGUGCAAGUAGAGCUUGGUUCUCUGAAAGAUCAAUCUGUUAUAGAGAAAGAUUCAUAUGAUACGGUCAUCUUGGCCCUCGGCGCCCUCAUAAAUAUGAGUGAGGGGAGCGAAGCAUCCAGGCACCUCCUAAUGAAAGCGUCACUGUUCCCAUCACCCAUUUCCCAGCUUGUUCAAUUAUUCCAGACAAGCAUCAAAUCUUUUACAGGGGCAGAUUCUGUUCCAGAGAUCCAGUAUAAAGUUGCCAUCGGUUACCUAUCAGUCUUACUGGCCACCCUUUGUCUUGACAGUGAUCUCCGUAUCCAAGUUGAGAAGUACCUAAACGGGAAUGACCUCGCUGGACUAUUGUCGACUGUCGAUGAAUUCCUACACUACCAUCAAACAGUGGAGAAGAACUCUCACAGUGUCGAUCCGGCGUAUGAUUCCAUGGCAGGGUUCACAGCCCGCCUUCAGCAUGUCGUCGCUCAGCUUCGAGAACCAGGGGCCUGAACAAUAAUACAAACUGAUAAAACAUGAGCUUGAUUCUUAAUGAGCGGUUCCUGUGGAUAAUAGAAUAGCGAUAUUUACUUCUAUGGUUUCUGCCACUCGAAACU